AUGCCCUGUCAUUUUGCAAGGAGCUGCCCCCGGCUUGCUGCACUGCACGCCCACGAACCCUGGGUAUCAAUCGGAUGGGGUUUGGCUUGUUCUGAUUCUCGACGUCCGGGCGACCCAGAGAGAGGAGAGAGCAGAGCAGAGAGGAAAGAGGAGAUGCGAUCGAGGAACCCCUUUGCCUGCCUUGGGCUUGGUGUGGUGUCCUUUGCGUCUCCUCUGGUCUGCUCCGAUCUGGUAGAGAAGGGCUUCGUGGCUGAUUCUCGCGAUGUCAUCGUUCUCGCUGCGUGGGUGGACCGAGGGACAUCAGAGCUGAGUCGAGUACCUUGUGCCCGGCCCGGAUACCUGGCGUAUUGUAUUGUCCAGUGCAGUACUGCUUUGCUUGCUUCCUUUGCCCUUGGGUACCAGUCCAUCUAUUGCCUAGCGAGUAGUCAGGAGUCAAGAUCUAGGUCAUCUAGGUAG